AUGGCUUGGCUGCAAAAAGAGCUUUCCAAAGCCUUGUGGCUGCUGCACUCUGACUUGAGGAGUCGUGUCAAAUUGAAACUGCCUUGGGUCAUCGCGACGCUUACGGUCAUGGUUCUCGUCGGUGUCUUGCUAGUGAGGCACCAUGUCUCUGCUCCACAACUAUCUGUGGAGAAUGACCACAUUGCUGCAGGAACUCCGAAGGAGGGAAUGAGCUACUUCUUCUCUCUGGGUGAUUUUGGUGUAGCUGCCUGCGAGAAAGCCUACAAGGCGGGUGACUUGGAAGACGCAGGUGGUAUUGGUCACUGGGGCUGCGGUGCACAGAAUCAGAAGCUGGUAGCAGAUGUGAUGGACAAGCUGGCAGCGACCUUGAAACCCAAGUUCAUCCUGUCUUUGGGAGAUAACUUCUACAUCCGUGGUGUCAAGAAUUUGGAAGAUCCGCAGUUCAAAGAAUCAUUUGUUGAUGUGUAUCGACGUGGUCACUUGGAAGAACUCCCAUGGCAGGUGUCGCUCGGUGACCACGAUCAUCGUGGCAACAUUAGUGCCAUGUUGCUGUGGCAGAACGACAAGUGGCAGCUGCCUUCCCCGUACUACAGCUUCCAAUUCCCUGUGGGCCCGAAGCACCUGGAGUUUUUGAUCACCGACUCCGUUGGCCUCGAGGGGGGGAUGCUGGAUGAGGCGCCAGAGGGCCGUCGCUUCGAGGAGGAUCUCACCGAUCAGUUUGCUGGCUUGGAAGCUGGCAAACGUCAGUGGGAGUGGAUCGAGAAGCACUCUGCCAGUUAUGGCGAGUCGCCGAAUGCCGUUUUGCAGGUCGUGGUAGGCCAUCGCCCCAUUCGCAGCUUGGCCUCCCGGGGGCCCGGGCCAUCGGCGACUCCGCCGGAACAGGCUGCAGCUCAGAAACUGAAGGAAUCUUUAGCGAUGAAGGGAAAACCAGUUGUUUUCUUGCACGGCCAUGACCACGUGAUGCAGCACUUCCUGGAAAAGGACAAGCCUUUGUAUCACUUUGGCAAUGGCGUUGGUGGAAUGGGUUUGCACCCGUUCAAACAAUGCUCCAACUGCACUGAGUUCAAAUGGGGCGAAUCGGCCUACGGCUUUGCAGUUCAUGAAGUUGGAGACUUGUCGAUGAACGUCCACUUUGUGGAUAUCAAUCAAAAGGUACGGCAUUCUGUGGAGGUUCCCUUUAGUGCAUUGUGA